AGGAUUUGAAUACCCCUUUCGUCCACUGUCUGCUGUGUAACCGCCGUACGUGACGCUGAUUUAGUGAUAUAAACCAUUACUCAUCCCAUUCUGAUGCCAGUAUCACAGGGCGAUUAAUGCGAUGACACUUAAAUUACGACGUGGAGUGGCAGCAGUGACAAGAAUCUGUCCAGCGGGGCAACGAGAGAAGGACUUUACCCUUCAAUACUGCUAUAAAAGCUCUUAACAGGCGUCUGAAACAACACAAGUUACCAGACUCAGAGCAAAGAAGCUGCCUCUGUCAGAAUCAAUCAUGAAGGUACUUGUGGUUCUCGCGCUUGUCUCUGUUUGCAAUGCCAACAUCCUGUGGCAGGAUCCGCCCAGGAACAAUCUGGAUUUGGUGAGAGAUGCUUUCUGGGACUACGUCUCUCAAGUAACACUCACCGCCGAGGACUCCCUGAAUCAGAUCAGACAGUCUGAGAUGGGACAGGAAGUGAACACCAUGAUCUCUCAGAGCUCUGACACAGUGAACCUGUACGCCACUGCUCUGCAGGCUCAGAUGGCUCCUCUGACCCAGGACUUCACAACUCAGUUUUCCGAGCAGGCCGAGCAGCUGAAGGCCCGUCUGGAGAAGGAUCUGACCGCCAUGAGCACUAGCAUGCAGCCCUUCGCCGCGGAGAUGGUGGCGCAGCUCCAGAGGCAGGUGGAGGAGCUGAAGAAGGAAACGACCCCCUACGCCGAGGCCAUGGAUCCCGAGGCCCUGAAGGCCGUCAUGCUGCAGAAGAGCCAGGAGAUGAAGGCGCAGCUGGAGAAGAGCGUGGCCGAGAUGCAGGCCCAGAUGAUCCCCUUCACCGAGGAGAUGAAGAAGAAGAUGGAGCAGAGCCUGGAGGAGUUUCAGAAGACCGUGGUCCCCCUGACCCAGAGCUUUGAGACCCAGAUGACCGAGAAAACCCGGGAGAUCCAGCAGAACCUGGCUCAAAGAGGAGAGGAGCUGAAGGCCAAGCUGGACGCCACCACUCAGGAUCUGCAGGCUCGCCUGACCGUUCUGUGGGAGUCCUUCACUCAGAAGAACCAGUAAACGGACUUCUUCGUCAGCCUCACGGCCUCCACACACCAAAUAUUUGUCAGCUUCAUCUAAUCUAUAUUUUAAUAAAUAUAAAUCUAACCAAUAAGUUCAGUCUUUUGGUGUCUUAAUAAGCAUGCAAGACUCUUUUCACAGAAGAGUGAUUCAUUAACGAGACUACUUUUAUACAAUUGUUGUACAAUUAAAAGGCAAAUUCAUAGAGCUGCACUAAACACAGACAUAAUAUCAUGACUCAUCGUCCAUGUAAUCACUCUGUGCAGAAGAUGACUCCAACUGACUUUAGUUUACAAGACCUUUCUCCAACAACUUUUUUUGCUUACUAAAUAUCAAACAAGCUUUCCUGUUUUUCAUCCAAAUAUCAAAAGAUGGUCAUAUAUCUAAUACUCAUGCUCUAUAGUUUGAUUCAUAUUAUUUCAAAACUUUAAAUCAAAGGGCCAUAAAAGCACUGAUUAACUGUUUUUCAUGCCAACAUUUAGUAGAAAUUGUGAAACAAAUUACAAGUCUUCAAGGUGUAUGGAGUCAUAGGAGUGCCAAAAAAAAAAAAAAUUAAUCUGAAAAAGAAUAAGAAAGUAAAUGUGGAAAUAUAAAGA